UUUGCGGCUGCGCGGACGCUGCUGUCAGUCACCACAGUCUCAUAGCUUUCUCCCUGGCUUGGGAUUGUAACGCCGGGUGCGCUAGCGCCGCAGGUAGCGGGCACGAGCCAGGAAGGACAGAGUCGGGGUGGCGGCCCGGGGAGGGUCGUGUGACCGAGGUUCUGGGACGGAAACCUCCCGGAGAGAGCAGAUCGGAGUGUCCGGGAGGCUGCAGUUGAGGCAGCCAUGGCGAUUUUCAGUGUGUAUGUGGUGAACAAAGCUGGCGGCCUGAUUUACCAGUUGGACAGCUAUGCACCUCGGGCCGAGGCCGAGAAAACCUUCAGCUACCCACUGGACCUGCUGCUCAAGCUGCACGACGAGCGGGUGUUGGUGGCCUUCGGCCAGCGCGACGGCAUCCGGGUGGGCCACGCCGUGCUGGCCAUCAACGGCGUGGAUGUGAAUGGCAAGUACACGGCCGAUGGCAAAGAGGUGCUGGAGUAUCUGGGUAACCCUGCCAAUUACCCUGUGUCCAUUCGAUUCGGCCGGCCCCGCCUCACCUCCAAUGAGAAGCUCAUGCUAGCCUCCAUGUUCCACUCGCUCUUUGCCAUUGGUUCCCAGCUGUCUCCUGAACAGGGAAGCUCAGGCAUUGAGAUGCUAGAGACAGACACAUUCAAACUGCACUGCUUCCAGACACUGACAGGGAUCAAGUUUGUGGUCCUGGCAGAUCCUAGGCAAGCUGGAAUAGAUUCUCUUCUCCGAAAAAUUUAUGAGAUUUAUUCAGAUUUUGCCCUCAAGAAUCCAUUCUAUUCCCUGGAAAUGCCCAUCAGGUGUGAACUGUUUGACCAGAACCUGAAGCUAGCUCUGGAGGUGGCAGAGAAGGCUGGGACUUUUGGACCUGGAUCAUAAGCUAACUCUGCAAUGGACCUCUGAAUUCUAAGAGAUCCCGCAACAAGGGUUGUGCUGUUUCCAUUCCAAUGGAGAUCCUGUUGCAGCAGCCUUGUUAGUAUACUUGAAAAGUGGGAGAACACCAAGUUUGGUGACACCAGUUGAUCCCUAAGCCAGAAAGCCAUGCCUGCUUCCUUUCUGUAUAUAUCGUCCUACUUCCCUGUGCUGUACAGAUUUAUUUAUGGAGAAAGCCUGCCCAUAAUGCUAUAAUAAACACUCUUUUGUUCUACUA